AUGCCUUGUACAUUAUUAUGCGACUGGCAGCUGCCUCAGCUGCUGGGCGAAGCAUCUCGGCCAUAUUUGACAGGAGGCAAUGCUCGCUGUCAGAUGGAAGCACCUGAGUAUGAAGGUCAGACUCGUGUCUGGCUGGUACCAUCUGAAACUGGAGAGAGGAGGUGCCUGGUGUCUCAGUGGCUUAGAGGACCACAGUUCGACCAUCAGCCCGUUAGUGCUGCAGCUGGUCCUCCUAUAUACAUGGCGAUCGUGCGGCCACUGCAGCACCGCAUGACCCGCCGGAGGGCGUUGCUGGCGUUGCUGGCUGUAUGGGCAGCUAGCGCCCUGCUGGCGACACCCUGUCUCAUCUUCUCCACCACUAAUGUCCACACGUACGCAGGUGGCGAGCAGUCGCGGUCGUGCUACAUGGAGUGGCCAGACGGACACUACCCAAAAUCUCUCAGCGAUUAUGUGUACAACGUGGUGUUCCUGUGCGUGACAUACCUGCUGCCGGUGACAUCAAUGGCUGUUUGCUACGGGCUGAUGGGCCGGCAGCUGUGGGGCGACCGCGCCAUUGGCGAGAACACCGAGCGUCAACAGGAGGCCAUCCGCUCCAAGAGGAAGGUGGUACGCAUGCUGGUCUUGGUGGUGGCCAUCUUCGCAAGCUGCUGGCUGCCGUACCACGCCUACUUCGUAUACGCAUACCAUGACCCGGCGCUGGCGACAAGCUCGUACGUGCAACACCUCUACCUCGGUUUCUACUGGCUCGCCAUGGCCAACGCCAUGGUAAACCCUGCCAUCUACUACUGGAUGAAUAACAGGUUCCGGCUGUACUUCCAGCGGGUGCUGUGUAGUUUGUGCUGCUGCCUGUCGAAGCGGAAGCAGCGGGACGCGGGUAUGGGCAUGGCUUACUUCCGCAACCAGCCGAACAACAGAUCCCAGGGCGGGAGGACGCAGCUCAGGACAAGGUCUGUAGGAUGA